UCCCUCAGGCAGCCCCGGCCCCGCCGAGCCGGGUCAGGUCCCGCCGAGCCGCGCCUCCUCGCAGCCUCCGGAGCUGCAGCCCGCCCGCCAAGAUGGAGCAAACCUGUGAUGAUAUAGAUGAAAUGUUCAGCAAUUUACUUGGGGAGAUGGACAUGCUGACUCAGAGUUUAGGAGUGGAGACUGUACCACCUCCAUGCCCCAAAGAGUCCAACAAUGAAUUUAGCUUUACAGUUGGUUUUAAAGAUCUAAAUGAAUCACUAAAUGCCCUAGAGGACAAAGACCUGGAUGCUUUAAUGGCUGAUCUUGUAGCAGACCUAAAUGAUGUUGAACAGAAAACUUUACAAGCCCAGAAAACUCCUUCUUCCAACCAGCAAAGUACAGUCACUCAGCCUUCAACAGGCUUGAAUAGUGACAUUUAUUCUAAAGUAAGUCCCUAUGUUACCAUUACUGGACAGUUGGGGGAUGAUUUGCCUCCUCCACCUCCAGAGCCUGAAUCAGACCUUCCACCAGCACCGCCACCACCUCCUCCUGAGCCACUUACCCAGGAAGAGCUAGAGGCAAAGGCUAAAGCUGACAAGAUUAAACUUGCAUUGGAGAAACUGAAGGAAGCCAAAGUUAAAAAGCUUGUUAUCAAGGUGCACAUGUAUGAUAACAGCACAAAGUCUCUAAUGGUGGAUGAGCGUCAGGUGGCACGGGAUGUUUUGGACAAUCUCUUUGAGAAAACCCAUUGUGACUGCAACGUCGACUGGUGUCUGUAUGAGAUGUACCCAGAACUGCAGAUCGAAAGGUUUUUUGAAGACCAUGAAAAUGUUGUUGAAGUGUUAUCAGACUGGACUCGAGACACUGAGAAUAAGAUUCUGUUUUUGGAAAAAAGUCAAAAAUAUGCUUUAUUUAAAAAUCCCCAGAAUUUCUACCUGGCAAACAAAGGGAAGAAAGAAAGCAAAGAAAUGAAUGAUAAAAACAAAGAGGCUUUGCUGGAGGAAAGCUUCUGUGGGACAUCUGUCAUUGUGCCAGAGCUUGAAGGGGCCCUUUAUUUAAAAGAAGAUGGAAAAAAGUCCUGGAAGAGGCGUUAUUUUCUUCUACGAGCUUCUGGAAUUUAUUAUGUACCCAAAGGAAAAACCAAGACAUCACGGGAUCUGGCAUGCUUCCUUCAGUUUGAGAACGUGAACGUGUAUUAUGGUUAUCAACACAAAGUGAAAUAUAAGGCACCUACAGAUCACUGCUUUGUCUUAAAGCACCCCCAGAUUCAAAAGGAGUCACAAUACAUCAAGUACUUGUGCUGUGAUGAUAAAGCAACCCUGCAUCAGUGGGUAACAGGAAUAAGAAUUGCCAAGUAUGGCAAGACUCUCUAUGACAAUUACAAAUGUGCAGUGAAGAAAGCUGGCUUGUCCUCUCGGUGGGUGAAUCAAAAAGUGAUGGAACCAGCUACCCCUGCAGGAUCCUCAUCAGCAGGUACUGUUCAGUCAAACGGACAGAUUCCCCACAUGGUUCGUCGUUCCAGUGCAGAAUUUCCAGACACUCAGAAGAAAGUGGAUACAUCCGAAGUACAGGCUGAAACAAAUAAUGCCAGUGCACCUGGCCUGGCACAGCCAUUGCUGAGGCCACAGAACAUCCAGAGUAAGAGGACCUCACUGCAGCCUCCUCCUCCACCUGAAAGGCGUUCAUCUGCUAUUUCUGCUUCACCAGUUCUACCCUCCAAAGUGAAACGAGACAGCGGCAUUUUCCUAACAGAUCCAGAGAGCUUUCCAGCACCACCACCUAUAUUGCAGAUUGAUUUUCCUCCACCACCACCACCAUCCGAUUUCUGUGAACCACCUCCUGAUUUUGUGCCUCCACCACCACCAGUCUCCAGCAGCAGUAAUGGAGAUGUGCCAUUACCCCCUCCACCCAUCUCCAGUAAGCCACCACCACUUCCAACAAAGAAACCUGUGCCACUUCCUCCAAAGAGGCUGGCAAACACAGGACAAGAUGAAGAGCCACAGUCAGCAGGGCCACCUCUGAUUGCAGGGGGAGGCAAGCAAGCAGAUUUCAUGUCUGACCUAAUGAAAGCUCUUGAGAAAAAAAGGGGCAACAGCUCCUGAAGUCUGGGAGUGGGUAGACUUUAAGACGUAGCUGGUUUUGUGUUGCAUCACAGAAGGUCAUGCUGGAUCAGGCUCCUCCAGGAGGAAUUCUCCUUCAGGGUUCCUCUUGAGGGGUCUCAAGAAGGUGGGGCACCCUUUGUCCCCCACUUUUUCCCUGUAACCUGCUCUUUCCCCCUGCACCUCACCAUCCCCUGCUCUUAACUCCCGUUCCAGCACCAGGCCAAGGUAAGAAUUAGCUGGAGAGUCUUGCUUCCCUCCAAAAGGAAAGCCAGGGAUGGUGGAGCAACACUCUGGAGCCAGCCAUUUCAGAAAGUGAAAUGCAUCUGCUGUGGCUGCCUUUUUAAUAGAAUUGGAGUUGAAGGAGAAAUACAAUGUCCUCACGCAAAUUUUGAGAACUGGGAAGGAAGAUCCCUUUUCACAGAAUUGCCUUUAAAAGUUCUUUAUCAGAAAACUCUCAGCUAUGGGGGGUUUUCUUCCAAUAAAAAGAUGCUUUAAAUUUUUUUCUUCAAUAGUCUGCUUUAAAAAUGAAAAGCUCAUCUAGAUUAUUGUGAGAUGCAAGUCAGGGCCACGACCAGUCACUCCAAAUGUUAUACACUCCUGUUUCUAUAUACAACUCAGUCAUACCUGUCAGCAUUCACAGCUGCUGCUUUGAAAUCUCAUUUACUUGGUUACCUUAGACAAAGAAAAAAAUUAAUUUUGAAAUCAUGUAUGCUUCCAUGGUAAGCAGGGUUUUUUUUCUGUUGGUUAACAUUUAUCUACAAACUGUACCUAGAAAUGAUCUGUCUUGUGAAAGGCUUUGUAAUUACCUUGUACCUGAUAGGAAUGUUUCCUCCUACAUGUUUUUUUCAUUUGUUCUCCCCAUUUAAUUCUCCGUUGUUCAUUUAGGAAGCAUUCAUUGUUAGUUCUUUAAUAAAAAUAGCUUCUAUUUUGUAUCUGUACAAAGUGUCACAGUUAAUGAACAGGCAUUUUACUGGCAAUUGGAACUUCAAAUAUUUUAAAGAAUUUUUGCCUAUACGUUCUAGACUUAGUUUUUAUUUAUUCUGGUCUUUGCCUCUUCUCAUGCACACUUGACCUUUUAAGGUAUCUUCAGCAAUAUGUUUCUGUAUUUUGAAUUAUAAAAAAGCAUAAAAAGUGUGGGAUCUAAAUAAAUAAAUAAAUAAAUAAAUACA